GGGCCUCGACUCACUGUCUAAUGGAGCUUUCUUACCAGACUCUCAAACUCACGCACCAGGCGCGGGAGGCGUACGAGAUGAGAACAGAAGCACGGCGAAAAAACCUCCUCAUUUUGAUUUUGCAUUACUUAACACAAGAAGGCUACAUAGAUGCAGCUAAUGCUUUGGAGGAGGAGACUAAGCUGGGAUUACGGCGCUUUGAAGUUUGUGACAACGUUGACCUGGAAACUAUUUUGAUGGAAUAUGAGAGCUAUUAUUUUGUAAAAUUCCAGAAGUACCCCAAAAUGGUUAAGAAGGCACCAGAUGCAGUAGAAAAUCAUUUACCAUCAAGAAACGGAGGGAAGAACAGAAGGACGAUGAAUGACAGUUAUCAAAAUCUCCCCAAGAUCAAUCAGAGGUCACGACCCAAAACUUCAGCAGGGAAGACAGGGGACACCAGAUCUGUCAAGGAACACCCUAAACAGGAGAGUAUCAAUAACAUUAAACCAGAGACCGCUGACUUUGGCUUAAACAUAUCAAAAAUCCACAAAGACAGCCCAGAGGAAAAGGCCCACCCACGAAGGGGCCAAAUCAUUGACUUCCGGGAGCUGCUCUCAGAUGCCAUCAAAGGAGCCACCAGCAACUUUGCCUUGAACACCUUUGAAUGUAACCCAGACCCAACAGAACGAUUGCUGAAACCUCUGAGUGCAUUUAUUGGCAUGAACAGUGAGAUGCGAGAAUUGGCAGCGGUGGUGAGCCGGGACAUUUAUCUCCAUAAUCCCAACAUAAAGUGGAAUGACAUUAUUGGACUGGACGCCGCCAAGCAGUUAGUCAAAGAAGCAGUUGUAUACCCAAUAAGGUACCCACAGCUAUUUACCGGAAUUCUCUCCCCCUGGAAAGGACUGCUGCUCUACGGCCCUCCAGGUACAGGGAAGACUUUACUGGCCAAAGCUGUGGCCACUGAGUGCAAAACGACCUUCUUUAACAUUUCUGCAUCCACCAUCGUCAGCAAAUGGAGAGGAGACUCAGAAAAGCUUGUUCGGGUGCUGUUUGAAUUGGCCCGCUAUCAUGCCCCCUCCACCAUAUUUCUGGAUGAGCUGGAAUCUGUGAUGAGUCAGAGAGGCAAUGUUCCUGGGGGAGAACACGAAGGAAGCCUCCGAAUGAAGACGGAGUUACUGGUGCAGAUGGAUGGAUUAGCGCGCUCAGAGGAUCUCGUGUUUGUCUUAGCAGCCUCUAACCUGCCAUGGGAGCUGGACUGUGCCAUGUUACGGCGCCUAGAGAAAAGGAUUCUGGUUGAUCUCCCCAGCAAAGAGGCCAGGCAGGCCAUGAUCCACCACUGGCUGCCCCCUGUGAGCAAGAACCAUGCCUUGGAGCUGCACACUGAGCUGGAGUACAGCGUGCUGAGCCAGGAGACAGAGGGUUACUCAGGCUCCGACAUUAAGCUAGUCUGCAGGGAGGCAGCCAUGCGACCCGUGAGAAAGAUCUUCAGUGUGCUUGAAAACCACCAGUCAGAUAACAGCACUUUAUCUGGGAUCCAGCUGGAUACCGUAACCACGGAAGACUUUCUGGAUGUGUUAGCUCACACCAAGCCUUCAGCAAAAAAUCUGACAGAGAGAUACUUGGCCUGGCAAGAGAAAUUCGAGUCUGUGUAACCCUGCACCCAGCCUGAUCUGGCCAAAGGC